CGUGCGCCGGGAGCCGCAGAGCCAGACCGGACCAACAUGCCUGUUCGCCGCGGGCAUGUGGCCCCGCAGAACACCUUCCUGGGCACCAUCAUCCGCAAGUUCGAAGGGCAAAAUAAAAACUUCAUCAUCGCUAAUGCUAGAGUGCAGAACUGUGCUAUCAUCUACUGCAAUGAUGGGUUUUGUGAGAUGACUGGAUUCUCCAGACCAGAUGUCAUGCAAAAGCCCUGCACCUGCGAUUUUCUUCAUGGGCCAGAAACCAAGCGGCAUCAUAUUGCCCAAAUUGCCCAGGCACUGCUGGGGUCAGAGGAGAGGAAAGUGGAAGUUACUUAUUAUCACAAAAAUGGGACCACCUUCAUUUGUAACACCCACAUAAUCCCAGUGAAAAAUCAAGAAGGAGUAGCUAUGAUGUUUAUUAUUAACUUUGAAUAUGUAACAGAUGAGGACAACACUGAGUCUCCAGAGAAAUUCAACCCAAUAUUGCCAUCCAAGCUUGUAAACCGCAAGCUCUUCGGUUUCCGUUUACCUGGACUGAGACUUUUAACAUACAGAAAACAGUCCUUACCACAGGAAGACCCUGAUGCAGUGAUAGUUGAUUCAUCUAAGCACAGUGAUGACUCAGUGGCUAUGAAGCACUUUAAAACCCCUACAAAAGAAAGCUGUAGCCCUUCUGAAGCGGAUGAUACAAAAGCACUGAUACAGCCUAGUAAAUGUUCUCCUUUGGUUAAUAUAUCAGGACCUCUUGACCAUUCAUCACCUAAGCGGCAAUGGGACAGACUUUACCCUGAAAUGAUACAGACAAGUACUCCAGUAACGCAUUCCAGAUCGAAGGAAAGCAUAUGUAGUAUAAGAAGAGCAUCUUCAGUACAUGAUAUAGAAGGAUUUAACAUCCACCCCAAGAACGUUUUUAGGGACCGUCACGCAAGUGAAGGGCCUUUUAAUCAUAUCAAGUCAAGUCUACUGGGAUCCACAUCAGAUUCAAAUCUCAACAAAUACAGCACCAUCAACAAAAUUCCUCAACUCACCCUGAACUUUUCAGAUAUCAAAACUGAAAAAAAAUCUUCAUCUCCUCCUUCUUCGGAGAAAACAAUUAUUGCACCUAAGGUGAAAGAGAGAACACACAAUGUAACAGAGAAGGUUACCCAGGUUCUAUCCUUAGGAGCAGAUGUCCUACCAGAAUACAAACUCCAAACACCUCGCAUCAACAAGUUCACUAUAUUGCACUACAGUCCUUUCAAAGCAGUCUGGGACUGGCUCAUUUUGUUGCUGGUAAUAUAUACCGCCAUAUUCACCCCUUACUCUGCAGCUUUCCUUCUGAACGACAGUGAAGAACAGAAGAGACAGGAGUGUGGGUAUUCUUGCAGCCCACUGAAUGUGGUAGACUUAAUUGUGGAUAUUAUGUUUAUCAUUGACAUUUUAAUAAACUUCAGAACAACAUAUGUAAACCAGAAUGAAGAAGUGGUAAGUGACCCAGCAAGAAUAGCAAUUCAUUACUUCAAAGGCUGGUUCCUAAUUGACAUGGUUGCUGCAAUACCUUUUGACCUGCUGAUCUUUGGAUCUGGCUCUGAUGAGACAACAACAUUAAUUGGUCUUCUGAAGACAGCUAGAUUGCUACGUUUGGUAAGGGUUGCACGGAAGUUGGACAGAUAUUCAGAAUAUGGUGCUGCAGUCCUGAUGCUCCUUAUGUGCAUAUUUGCAUUAAUUGCACACUGGCUUGCUUGCAUUUGGUAUGCCAUUGGAAAUGUAGAAAGGCCUUACUUGAUUCAUAAAAUCGGCUGGUUGGAUUCUCUAGGAGUACAACUCGGAAAACGAUACAAUAAGAGUGAUGCAGGCUCUGGACCAUCCAUCAAGGACAAAUACGUUACAGCACUUUAUUUUACCUUCAGCAGUCUAACAAGUGUUGGAUUUGGAAAUGUGUCUCCUAACACCAACUCAGAGAAAAUCUUUUCCAUUUGCGUCAUGUUGAUUGGCUCAUUAAUGUAUGCAAGCAUUUUUGGAAACGUUUCUGCAAUAAUCCAAAGACUGUAUUCAGGAACAGCGCGGUAUCACAUGCAGAUGCUACGAGUAAAGGAGUUUAUACGUUUUCAUCAGAUUCCCAACCCUUUGCGUCAGCGACUUGAGGAGUACUUCCAGCAUGCAUGGACAUACACCAAUGGCAUUGAUAUGAACAUGGUCCUAAAGGGGUUUCCAGAAUGCUUACAAGCUGACAUUUGCCUACACCUCAACCAAAAUUUGCUUCAGAACUGCAAAGCUUUCCAGGGGGCCAGUAAAGGUUGUCUCCGAGCUUUGGCUAUGAAGUUUAAGACAACACAUGCUCCUCCUGGAGACACUUUAGUCCACGGUGGUGAUGUUCUCACUGCUCUUUACUUUAUCUCAAGAGGAUCCAUUGAAAUCCUCAAGAGUGACAUUGUUGUAGCCAUUCUUGGGAAAAAUGAUAUUUUUGGAGAGAUGGUGCAUCUUUAUGCAAAACCAGGGAAAUCAAAUGCAGACGUGAGAGCUUUAACCUACUGUGACCUGCAUAAGAUCCAACGAGAAGACCUACUGGAGGUUUUGGACAUGUAUCCUGAAUUUUCUGAUCUCUUUCUCACUAAUCUAGAACUGACUUUUAAUUUGAGAGAUGAAAGCCCAAAGGCUGAUCUCGUAAAAACCACUAAUGAUUCAGAUGGAGAUAACUGCAGACUUAGGAGAAGGAAAUUGUCCUUUCAAAGUGAAGAAGAGAAAGGCUAUUACAAAGAGAACAAUCAGAAUGAUCCUGAGGACUCAGUGGAUAGCACCAGGCAUUAUCAAUAUACAAGGAAGCACUAUGAGGAGAAGAAAAGUGGGUCAUCAUCUUUUGUAUCAUCCAUUGAAGAUGAGCAGAAACCCCUGUUUGCUGGAAUAAUUGAUUACCCAUCAGUGACAGGCAAAACUACAGGGCUGGACUUUGAAGAAGUGGUGCACAUAGCAGAAAGGAUACACAUUGACAAAAGAAGUAAUUCUUGUAAAGAUAUCGCUGAUAAAAGAAUCUGGGAACAGGAAAACCUAAAAGGAUACCAUGAGGCUUCAAGUCAGUCAGCAUUCCCUCAUGUGACAUGGGGCAUCUGUGAAUCUGAAAGCGAACUUACCUAUGGGGAAGUUGAACACCGACUUGAUUUGCUUCAAGAACAGCUCAACAGGCUUGAAUCCCAAAUGACUGCUGACAUUCAAACCAUCUUACAGCUGUUACAAAGGCAGUCAACGCUCAUUCCACCUACAUAUAGUAUGGUGACUACAAGUGCAGAAUAUCAACACCCAGCUACCCCGGUGAGGCAAAACCUUCAUCCUGUAGCAUCUAUUAAAACAGACAGAAGUUUCAGUCCUGCAUCACAGUGUUCUGAAUUUUUAGACCUUGAAAAAUCAAAACUUAAACCCAAAGAAUCCCUCUCCAGUGGGGUGCAUCUUAAUACAGCCUCAGAAGACAACUUAGCUUCUUUUUUAGAACAAGAACAUGAGAAGUCUUCAGAGUGUCAUCCACACCAUUGUAAAACUUGUCUUCAUCCAGUUAGACACCCUUCCUUGCCAGAUUCUUCCCUAAACACUAUAGGAAUCUUGGGUCUUCAUAGGCAUGUUUCUGAUCCUGGUCUUCCUGGGAAAUAAUACUUUUGUACUAUUACUUCACAUAAAAUGUAAGUGCUUUUAAUGGUUGUUUUUCCUUUUUGUAUUUAAAUCCUCUAUACUUGACUCAGGGGCUACAAGGAAUAUAACAUUAUAUGCAAAAGUACUGUAUAUUUUCCUAAAUUUGAAGCUUGUAAGGUAAAGUUGAGCAGUUAUGAUGUAAAUAUAUAUAUAUAUAUAUAGAUAUAUAUAUAUAUACAUAGAAACUAUAUGUUCCAAAUGUAAAACUGCCAGCAUUCUCAAGGCACCUUAUAUUUUUUAAUUUUUUUAAAAAUACAUGCAUGUCCCAAAAUUAGACUUUAUGUUGCAUGGAGAUUACCAUUGACCACUUUCACUGAGGUGGUACAUUAUUGGGGAUUUGCCUUCAAAGCAAAGAGGGCAGGUGUUGAUGAUAACCCACAUAGGCAUGAUCCCUACUUGCUAUUCUGAAUUGCAAGUGAAAACUUCCAAUCCUAUUUUGAAAAUUUAGGUAAGCUUCUUGUGGUAAGUUUUUGGCAGUCAAGGGCAAUGAUUCCACUGCUCAGAGAAAGAAUAAACUAAGACUUCUGGAUUCUAAAUGAUUAAGAAACAGAACAGAGAGCAGUCUCUUCAAAACAAACUGGAGUUGGUCACUAUUUAACUAGAAGAACAUCUGUGCUACACAAUAGAAAGUAUCAUCACUGACUGCAUCCAUAAGGCAACAUUACCUGAAUAGAUUGUUUCUUGUAUUUUUGCACUUUUUUUUUCCUUUUUCUUUUUCUUUUUAAAUCUUCUUCAUACCUAAAAAGUUAGCUGUCAGAAGCAGGCAGGUAGUUCUCAUCUGUCACUCAAACAUAAUCAAAUGCAAUAAAUAUAAUUUCUAUGUAAUACAGAAGACUGUGUUCCUUUUGUUCAAUGCAAAAUACUAACAAGCUGUAUAAAUUACAAUAUUUUACAGGUUUUCUUUUUAUAAGUAUCACUGUUGUCAUUUGCAAUAUCUCUUUUUACUUACUGGCCCCUCCACAGAGAGCUAAAAAAAUAUAUUAAAAAUAUAUAUAUACAUACGCAUAUCUAUCUGCAUAUAUAUGUGUGUAUGUAUGUGUAUAUAUUUUCAUACAAAUAUAUGUAUGUGAAUAUUUAAAUGUGUAUGUGGGUAUAGGUACAGAUAUAUGUACAUAUGUAAAAUCACUUCCAAGUACAGUGGUAAACUUUCUUAUUACAAAACAGGUAAGCUUAGCUUGUGUCCAAAGCUGAUUACACUAAAAUAAAUUGAGUUUAAG